ACGAAGCGGUGGAGUUGAGGAAACUUUUCAGCCCGGCUUCGGCGACAGGACGGCCGGCAGGGCAGGGCGGGGAGAGGAGGCCGGCGGCGGAGCCUCCGGAGCGGAAUCAUGGGCCUCCUAGCGAGGCUCCGGAAGGAGUGGUUCAUCAUCGGGAUAGUUCUGGUCAUCCUGUCCGCCAAACUACAGCCCGGCGUCGGUGUCAAAGGAGGUUGCAGACGGUGAGCUGCAUGCCUCCUCCGGUGUCCUCAGCCGUUAUUCUCACCAAAGCCGUCGGAGGAAACGAGGCUGCCGCCAUCUUUAACUCAGCCUUCGGCAGCUUCCUGGGCAUCGUGGUGACGCCUCUGCUGCUGCUGCUCUUUCUCGGCUCCUCAUCCUCAGUCCCCUUCUCCUCCAUCUUCUCUCAGCUCUUCAUGACCGUCGUCGUUCCUCUGAUCCUGGGUCAGGUGUGCCGUGGGUUCCUCAGGGACUUCCUGGAGAGGAGGAAGCCUCCGUUCGGCGCCAUCAGCAGCGCGGUCCUCCUGAUGAUCAUCUACACCACGUUCUGCGACACCUUCAGUAACCCCAGCAUCGAGCUGGACCCCUCCAGCCUGCUCCUGGUGGUCCUCAUCAUUUUUUCCAUCCAGAUCAGCUUCCUGCUGCUCACGUUCAUGAUCUCCACCAGGUCCAGCUCAGGGUUCAGUCCUUCAGACACGGUGGCCAUCAUGUUCUGCUCCACGCACAAGUCCCUCACUUUGGGUAUCCCCAUGUUGAAGAUCGUCUUUGAAGGAUACGAGCACUUGUCCCUGAUCUCUGUCCCCCUCCUCAUCUACCAUCCAGCCCAGAUCCUGCUGGGGUCCCUCCUGGUCCCGACCAUCAGGAACUGGAUGACGAGUCGACACAAGCCAAUAAAGCCGUCGAACCUGCAGCCUGUCUGAAGAGGAGGAAUUUAACUGGACCCCAGUGGAGGGAUACAGACUUUGGUGGAAGGAUACGGUCCUAUAACGUGCCUUAAAACAACCGACGAACACGGACGAACUUUGCCUUGAUAUUUUUUUCUACAACAACAAACAAAAACAAAUUCCCUUCAUGUAAGGUGUUUUAUAUUUAAAAGAAACAAAAGUGAUUUAUUUUUUUACAGUAUUAACUGAAAAAAAACAGAUCUACAAAGAAGGGGACUACUUUGACAAACCAAAACUUUUGGUGUUUUUGGGACCAUUUUUGUGUUGUUUUAUUAUUUUUUUACUCUGGUUCUUCCUGCUGAUCCUGCCAGUGAACAUGUAGGAGCCGAAGGUUACAAACUAAACUUCUUCCUUUACUUUAUUAAAACAUUCCUGAACUUUA